AUGGCAGAGUUUGCCAUUAACAACUCGGUGCAUGCGUCCACGACACAUACACCGUUUUACGUGAAUGGCUUGCGCUCUCCGCGUGUACCCACCUUACUAGAGUGUUACUCUGGUUUAAGGGGGGGAGGGACUCGCGCGAGCAAAAACCGAUUUGGUUCACGCUCAUCACGCUCUGAAGAAGAGGUCAUUGCGUUUGAUGCCGAUAUCGACAACACCGAUAUCGAAGAAGAUGAUGCCAGUGAGAGUGCGGAAGCCCUCACUGAAGACAAUGAUCCCAGUGAGAGUGCGGAAGCCCUCACUGAAGAAAAGGUUGUUGUCGCUGCAGUGCGCUCACAGCACACUGAAGCUAACGAGUCAUCAGAUGAGUUCAUACUGGCUCGUGAAACGGUAGUCCGUUUUGUGCAAGACUCCAUCGCCGAAGCGGUGGAUAAGCAAAAGCAAAACGCUGACAAGAAUGGAAGGGCAAACACUCUUUUAUUUAAUAAAGGUGACUUAGUCCUACUGUCUACGGUUAAUCUACCAAAGCAUGUAGUGACUAACUUGGGUAGCAGUAAACUACUACCCAAGUACAUUGGCCCAUUUCGUGUAUUGCACCGCCUAGGCAAUGCAUACACGAUCGAGUUACCACGUAAGAUGCGAACGCAUCCCACGUUUUACGUUGGUCGGCUUAAGCCGUACCAUCAGUACGCUGCUUCUUCCGAUGAAGAACGCCCUUGCGCUCAAGCAUCUCGCAGAGAGCCUUGUGCUCCCGAUGAUGGGCAUCAACAAGGGUCUGAAGAGCAGUUAUCUCAGCCCGAGACCGAUCAACAAUCCCACGAGCUACCCUUAGCUCGUCACGAAGAGAUGUCAGAGAUCUCUCGUUCUCAAGCUGAGCAAAGGCAAACUCAGCUCGAUGCUUCGAGGCAGUGUCCACCAUCUGGAGACGCCUAUUCCGCUCAUGCUCGAGAUCGUCGCGUAACCCUUGCGUUACGCGAUCAAAGAAGCUCUCGGGAACACACCGAUCCACAUGAUCGUGUGGAGAGCGUCUUUCCUCCUCCUCCACCUCCAUUAGAGGACUCUCGCGGUGGCCAGCGCUAUCUAGUAGAGCAGCUGUUGAACCACCGCGACGUGAACGGACGUCGGACGAGUUAUCUCGUCCGGUGGCGCGGCUAUCCCCGUCCUGGGAUUCUUGGGAGCCCCGCUCCCAACUGUUGA